ACUUAGAUAUGCUAAGCUAGCUGCCUUCACUGCGCCAUUAUUAUUAGUUACAGCAUCGCUUCGGUUUGUGGGACAUGAACACCUCAGUCAUGGAUUCCCAUACAGGAGAGAUUUCUCCAAAGACAACCACAGUAUUUAAGAUCAGUAACGGUCCCCUGUCAGGCUCAAGGAAGCGGCCGUCCGAGGGCAACUACGAAAAAGAGAAGGACGUUUGCAUCCAGCUGUUUGACCAGUGGUCUGAAGCAGACCAAGUGGAGUUUGUGGAGCAUCUGAUUUCACGCAUGUGCCACUAUCAGCACGGCCACAUUAACUCUUACCUCAAACCCAUGCUUCAAAGGGACUUCAUCACAGCACUGCCAGCUCAGGGGCUGGACCACAUAGCAGAGAACAUUUUGUCGUUUUUGGAUGCCCGGUCGCUGUGUUCAGCUGAGCUGGUAUGUAAGGAGUGGCAGCGCGUCAUUUCGGAGGGUAUGCUGUGGAAGAAGCUAAUCGAGCGCAUGGUGCGCACAGACCCUCUCUGGAAGGGUCUCUCCGAGAGACACCAGUGGGAAAAGUAUUUGUUUAAGAACCGCACUACAGAAGUCCCACCCAACUCCUACUACCAUUCUCUUUACCCGAAAAUUAUACAGGACAUUGAGACAAUUGAAGCAAACUGGCGCUGUGGAAGGCACAACCUUCAGAGGAUCCAGUGCAGGUCCGAGAACAGUAAAGGGGUCUACUGCUUGCAGUAUGACGACGACAAAAUUAUCAGUGGCCUCAGAGACAACUCCAUCAAGAUUUGGGAUAAGCAGUCGUUGGAGUGUUUAAAGAUUCUGACGGGCCACACCGGGUCUGUUCUGUGCCUGCAGUAUGACGAGCGAGUCAUUGUUACUGGCUCCUCUGAUUCCACUGUGCGGGUGUGGGACGUGAACACGGGGGAAGUGUUGAAUACUUUAAUUCACCACAAUGAAGCAGUCUUGCACCUCCGCUUCUGUAACGGUCUGAUGGUGACCUGUUCCAAAGAUCGCUCCAUUGCAGUUUGGGAUAUGGCCUCGCCGACUGAUAUCAGCUUGCGGCGUGUGCUCGUGGGUCACAGGGCUGCCGUCAACGUAGUGGACUUCGAUGAUAAGUACAUCGUUUCUGCCUCCGGUGAUCGCACCAUUAAGGUUUGGAGCACAAGCACUUGUGAGUUUGUACGCACUCUAAAUGGGCACAAGCGUGGGAUCGCCUGCCUACAGUACAGAGACCGGCUGGUGGUUAGCGGCUCCUCAGACAACACCAUCAGGCUAUGGGAUAUCGAAUGUGGGGCCUGUUUGCGGGUUUUGGAAGGACAUGAAGAGCUGGUUCGCUGCAUUCGUUUCGAUAACAAAAGAAUUGUCAGUGGAGCUUAUGAUGGUAAAAUUAAAGUAUGGGACCUGCAGGCUGCUCUGGAUCCAAGAGCCCCGGCCAGCACUCUGUGUCUGCGAACGUUGGUGGAGCACUCUGGCCGAGUGUUUCGGCUGCAGUUUGAUGAGUUCCAGAUCAUCAGCAGUUCCCAUGACGACACCAUCCUCAUCUGGGAUUUUCUAAAUGUGUCAGCUAACGGGCAAAUGGAGGGGCGAUCACCUUCACGCACGUACACCUACAUAUCUAGAUAGCAGGGUGGUCUUUCACGUAUGCAGAGUGUGAGUGUGUUUGCGGGGACUGUCCUGAUAACCAAGUCUCUCUGGUUGUGUGCCAGGAUCAGAGGUCGAGGAACGCCACCUCACUCCUUGCCUCAUCCUUCUCCAUCUUUCACUCAUUCACCCAUUUCAUUAUGACCCUCUCCAACAUACACACACAUACACACACCUCCCCUAUGUUUCCCUCACUGUUGAUGAUGAAGUUGGAAAGAGGGAUGUUACUGAGGAAGAGCACAUAGCCCUGUCCCUGCGUCCGUGUGACGGCUGCCUAACAACCCCCCCUCCUUCCCCAACCCAAAACAACCUGCCCCCCUUCUUUGGGCCCAAGGACUAUUUAUGUAUCAUGAGUUCUGUUUCUCAUUUUUGGUGGAAAAAAAGAAGAAACCAGAGGAAGUGAAUUUUGUGUGAGGACUGUAUUUGCAUGAAUGAAUUGAAUGUUGGGACAGUAGAGACGGUCAAGCCCUAUUUCUUAUUUUUUUUUAAUGCUUUUCUUUUUUUAUUUGGGAAAUCUUUUCUUUGUGAUGUACUUAAAAAACAUAGUUCUCUCUUUUCAAAUUCUGUGUCUCUUCUGUUUCUCCAUUUCCCUGCUAGCUUGAGCAUUAUCUCUUCCGUCUUGUUCUCUUUUUCUGUCAGUUUGUCUAGGUUCCAAAUGACCCCUAACGGAUUGAUAAAUUAGUUGUAAACAGAAAUGUCUUGUCUAAAAAUGGUGUUGUAUAUUAAAAAGAUUUUUUAAAGGAAAAAAAACAUUAUUAAUAUGAAUAAAAGUAUUUGACUGUGAA